AUGUGGUCUAGCCGCGAUCAUUUAGCCACCUUCUCUUCGGGAACAAGCUCUUUGUCGACAGGCGGAUUGACCGAGCGACUGACAGACCGACUUGCGAAUAAACUCGUCAGCGGAUCUUAUUCACGCUUCUGCAGGGACGACAGGUCAAUACUAUCAUUAUUAUUAUUAUUAUUAUUAUUAUUAUUAUUAUUAUUAUUAUUAUUAUUAUUAUUAUUAUUAUUAUUAUUAUUAUUAUUAUUAUUAUUAUUAUUAUUAUUAUUAUUAUUAUUAUUAUUAUUAUUAUUAUUAUUAUUAUUAUUAUUAUUAUUAUUAUUAUUAUUAUUAUUAUUAUUAUUAUUAUUAUUAUUAUUAUUAUUAUUAUUAUUAUUAUUAUUAUUAUUAUUAUUAUUAUUAUUAUUAUUAUUAUUAUUAUUAUUAUUAUUAUUAUUAUUAUUAUUAUUAUUAUUAUUAUUAUUAUUAUUAUUAUUAUUAUUAUUAUUAUUAUUAUUAUUAUUAUUAUUAUUAUUAUUAUUAUUAUUAUUAUUAUUAUUAUUAUUAUUAUUAUUAUUAUUAUUAUUAUUAUUAUUAUUAUUAUUAUUAUUAUUUAUUAUUAUUAUUAUUAUUAUUAUUAUUAUUAUUAUUAUUAUUAUUAUUAUUAUUAUUAUUAUUAUUAUUAUUAUUAUUAUUAUUAUUAUUAUUAUUAUUAUUAUUAUUAUUAUUAUUAUUAUUAUUAUUAUUAUUAUUAUUAUUAUUAUUAUUAUUAUUAUUAUUAUUAUUAUUAUUAUUAUUAUUAUUAUUAUUAUUAUUAUUAUUAUUAUUAUUAUUAUUAUUAUUAUUAUUAUUAUUAUUAUUAUUAUUAUUAUUAUUAUUAUUAUUAUUAUUAUUAUUAUUAUUAUUAUUAUUAUUAUUAUUAUUAUUAUUAUUAUUAUUAUUAUUAUUAUUAUUAUUAUUAUUAUUAUUAUUAUUAUUAUUAUUAUUAUUAUUAUUAUUAUUAUUAUUAUUAUUAUUAUUAUUAUUAUUAUUAUUAUUAUUAUUAUUAUUAUUAUUAUUAUUAUUAUUAUUAUUUUAUUAUUAUUAUUAUUAUUAUUAUUAUUAUUAUUAUUAUUAUUAUAA